GUUUAUGUUGGCAGACCGUCUACGGAUGUCGGUAGCUGUAGCGCGUAGUGUUGGCAAGGCAAGGUUUUAUGAGAAGAGUGUGUGCGGUAGUGGAUAAAUGGUGUAGUGGAUGUGUGUAAGAUGAGCAGGACUCCUGGUAAAAAUAAUAUUGAAGCGGAAUUUGUGCAAAUAGACUCGAUUAGAGCGUGGACGCAGCUGUACCAGCGCAUAAGGGAUGAGAGUUUAAACAAUGAUUACACACUCAUUGAAGCAAAGAAAGCAGAAAACAAGAAUCUUAACAGGUAUAGAGAUGUCAGUCCAUAUGAUCAUAGCAGAGUUGUUCUCACAAAGGGAUCCUGCAACUAUAUCAAUGCAAAUCUUAUCACGAUGGAAAGGGCACACCGUCGGUAUAUCUUGACACAGGGCCCUUUGCCACAUACAACAGGCCAUUUCUGGUUGAUGAUUUGGGAACAGAAGUGCAAAGCAGUGCUUAUGCUAAACAGAAUAAUAGAAAAGAAUCAGGUUAAAUGUCAUCAGUACUGGCCUUCAGGUACGAAACCAGGUGUGGAUGACAGACUGGAAUUGAAAGAUGUUGGCCUUGUUGUAGAGUUUGUCUCUGAGACUGAAGCCUCAUACUAUACAACUAGAGUUCUGAGGUUGAUAGAUGAAGUGACUGGAGAGAGCCGGCAGAUUCUACAGUUCCAUUAUACUACAUGGCCCGACUUUGGUGUGCCAGAGAGCCCAACAGCAUUCCUAAAUUUCCUGACUGUAGUUCGACAGAGUGGUGCACUGGACCAGAAUGUAGGGCCACCAGUUGUGCAUUGCUCAGCUGGAAUAGGGCGUUCUGGUACUUUCUGCCUUGUCGAUUCUUGCCUUGUUCUUAUUGAGGAGAAUGGUCUUGACUCAGUAAAUGUUGUGGAUGUGCUACUGGAAAUGCGGAAGUUUCGUAUGGGCCUCAUUCAGACGCCGGAUCAGUUAAGAUUUUCUUACUUGGCAAUUAUUGAAGGUGCGAAGAAACUAAUUAACAACAAUCCUUUGCAUGAUUACAAUAAUGUGGAGGACACAUCUUUGAACCAUCAUGAUGGUUCAACAGAGGAGACUUCGGCAGAUGAAGAUGACACAGAUGAACCACCUCCAUUACCUCCACCACGAGGUGAUUCGUUGACUCGGUCUAAGUUGGCUACAAAUAAUCAUGGAGGAUUUGAAGCCAACAAACCACUUCCUGUGGAACCUGAGGUCUCUCCAGAGCAAGAGAGUGUGGAAAGAUUGCUUGACUCGGCACUUCAAGAUAAGGAAGCCAGUGAUGAUACACCUCAGCUACGACAUCGAAGGCAUGAGCGCCAGGAGCGGCUUUUGAGGCUGACAGGACGUAUACGUGAAAUAAAGCGUAAACAAGAAGCUGCCGAACGUUCAGAUCAACUGUGGAGGUCUCUGUCAAAGCCAUUAGCUGUUGGUUUUGGUCUUGGGCUUGUUAUGGGCGGAGGCUGGAUUGCUUACUGUUACUUCUCUAACCGUGUUUGAUCAAGAGAGAGAUCACCAAACCCUGGAGGUGUUUGUGCUGCGCUGUCGGCAUAUAGGAUAUCUCUUUUCAGUGUAAUACAUUAAUUUAUGCAUGUUGGGUAAUGAUGUCACUGUGGUUAAAUUACUGUGGACUGGUUGGUGUUUUAUAAAUGCUAAACAGACUGUGUUAGUUGGGAGCGAUUAUGACAUUUUCAUUAUUUCUGCUAGCAUUAAGUCUGUGUUUUUUUGUCCACUGACUCUUUGAGAUGAAUAGUUGGCAAAUUUUGCGUGCAGGUGUUUCCAAAAAUGUAACCGAUAAUGUUUGUCCCUUUGAGAAAAUGGUGUUCAGUGACGGUUUUGGAGUAUAGAUACUAUCGGUUGACAAACAUUGCCCUGGGUAAACUUGAUGUACUGCCUUACAUCAUAUAGGAGUUAAAUUUGCUGCCUGGGCUGUCCCCUUAUUGGAUUGGAUGUUUUUUAAAAUAUACUUAAAAAUAAUUUUUAAAUGUUUUGCUCCAUGAAUUUUUCUUGUCUUUUCUUCUACAACAUUUGAAAUGUGGUCAACUUUUAAAGAAAACAAACCUCUCAAAGUGUCAAUUAUUGUGUGUUGCAAGUGAAGUGGAACAAGACCUUUUAUUUUGUUUAGAAGUGCAUCAAAUGUGUAAGUGUUUGGCUGUUACUAAUAAAUUGCUCCUCUUGGCAAAAUUUAGAGCAAUCCAUCUUUUCGUUGGUAGGCAUUCUGUGUGACCUUGAAAUCAUUUAUUCUUUCUUUCUAGUAAUUUCAAACCAAUAUAGAUGAAUUACUGGAAUUAAACAAGGAUUAGUUUAGACAGUAAUCUUAUUCUGUUGUUCACUUGGUGCAGUGGAGCAUAUGUUUCUUAUUUUAAAAAAUAACUACUGCUGAUAUUGCAUUCACAAAUCACCAACUCCAUUACCCAAAAUUGAUUGUUAUUAGAGAGUUUUUUGAGUUGUACACAUUUUGUGUAAACCUACACCUGUUAGCUACCAAAUUUAGAGAUGUACUGGGGUGGGGGCAAUUUCUUGCUGUUGAGGCUGUAUGGAUUUUUAUUCAACAUAGUGAUGAAAGGAAAAUGGUCAGAUUCGAAGGAAGGAAGGGAAAAAAAAGUUUGUGAUACAGGAGCCGUGUUGUUCUUUCAUACCUUUGUCACAAAUGUGAGUUUAUUGGGAAUGAGUGGUGAUAUGUUUAUUUUCUGCUUGUAUUAUCAUUUCAGUAAUGCACAAAUUUUUGUUAAGAUUUUGUAUUUUAUUACUUGAAAAGUUUAAUGUUCAGUGUGAGUGCCUGUGAAUUUCUCACCUUAGGUGGGGAGCCUGUAUAUGAAAAUUUUCCUUUUAUUUCUGCUGAGCUGUAAAUCUUUUUGUGCUAGUAAAUAUUUUAUUUAUGUAGUUAUUUUUAUGAUGACUAGUAUUUACAGGUUAUGUUUUGGCACCAGAGUUUCGAAUUGCCUGUACUAUAGUAGAGUUAAGUGUGUGAAUGGAUAUUCUGUUAAACUAGUUUAUAUUUAUUUCAGGUUACCUAUUCAAAAGUUAAUCUAUAUAAUGUAGUAUAGUUGUUUUAUUCAUAAAUAUUUAUAAAGCAAAGCAUUUAAUGUGUAAUAUCACUUCAGUUAUCUUUCUUGUUUCUAUCAACAAAAAGAUUACAUUCCCAGUUGAAUGUGUAAUCAUUAAUUUUAGUGUUUGUGACAGUGAUAUUGUGUGUGUGUGUGGGGGGGGGGGGGAGGGGGGGGGGGGAGGGAGGGGGAGACUGUGGUUGAAUGUGAAAAAAAGGGAGGGAUGUAUUUGUGUGUUAGCCUUUUUAAGUAUAGGGUGAAUUUUAAAAUUGCAGAUCUAGUUAAAUGUUCUACUAUUCUUGCUCAAAAAUACUUCAGUUUUCUGCAAUUUACAACAAGAUAGAGGGUUGACAUAACCUUUAUUUCCAAGUAGUAAAUUGGGCAGACUAUACAGUUGGUUUCUCAAACAGGUAAAAGAAGCUGCUAGUCAGCCAAUGAGAACAUUAAAAAUUGUAAAACGAACAUUUGCCCAUUUGCAAAUUGCAAAAUUUUUUGAUCAGCUUGGUAAUCAAGAACUUAUAAAUCAUGGUCCACCCAAAAUUUUAAUUGUGUACUGUAUCAUUUCUGAACAGUUUUUAGUAGUAUCAAAAAGUCCACAUUCCAGAAGGGAAAAGUCACUGAAGUAUCAUUAUAGUUGUCUGUUAGGCUGGAAACAAGGUGUGGAAAUGAGUGUUCAGUUUCAUGUAUGUACCUAACAUACAGUUUCGUCACUGGAAGUAGAAUUCUCAUUAGCUGAUACUGCAGAAAUAGUUAAUAACUGAAAAGCUGAAGUUUGUACAGAUUCUUUCCUUCUCCUGAAGCUCAUAGCACUUUUGGGUGGCUUUUUUUUUUUUUUUUUUUUUUUUUUUUUUUUUUUUUUUUUUUUUUUUUUUUUUUUACUCUUUAAAAAAAUUACUAAUGAGCAGAGACGUAGACUUGGAGAAGGGAAUGAAGUGCACAUUUUUGUGGUUUAUUACCCAGUAAUAGAAGACAUUGUUAUUUAAAGACUGAAGACUGUCAACUAGUUUUGGUUAGUGACUGGCUGGCUGUUGUGUGAGAGAAAUUUUGUCCAUAUUACUUAUACUAUUAAAGGGUAGGCUUGUUUCAAGUGUAAACAUAAAGUAAAGGAGGAUCAGAAUGGGUUUGCCAAAGAUGAAAACAUGUGACAGAGUAUUAUGAUAAUGGACUUUAUGUGUGAUUUUUAUUUCCAUUAUUUCUAAAUAAUGUGUUUAUGUAGUGGUGGUAGUAAUCAGAUGAAAUGCCGCAGUUUUACGCAGGCUCGAAUAAUUUGAAGUGCUAUCAGAAUAUUGCUGUACACUCCGAAGCUUGUGAUUUACAGAAAAUUGAAGUUGUGCACAUAAUACAUCUGAUGGCAUCCCACAUCUAUAAAUCUUUAGGCUUGUUUGAUGUAAUUAAUAUUGCAUUCCAGUUUAUCUUGCAGUUACCUAUGUAUGUUUGUGUUAUUCACAUACAGAAAGUAAUAUUUCAGGAAUAUAACGGGUACUUGAUGUCAAACUUACUUUCUUCCUUUUAUGUUAAAGUCACUCAAGCCUAUUAUAGUGCUAAUAUUUAAUUGAUUCCAGUGGAAAAAAUACUGUGUAUAGUGAAUUUUAAUGGUGUAAUUGUCUUUCAAAUCAAAGUUCGUCACAUUCUCUCUGAAUCUCAGAUGUAAUAUCUUCUGUAAUUUCAGUUAAAUGAAUCUCAUUUAAGUAUAGUUUCCCCUACGUUGCUCUUUUGUAGAGCAUCUGAAACGUUCAUUUAGUGGUGAAAUGGAGGAGAUUGCCAGUAUUGUGUUCAUCAGAAGCUAUCAGCAUUUGCUGUUAUAUAGGUUCCAGUAUCUCUUUUGUUUGUGCAUGGUUGUUUUAACAAUAGAUUCGUUAAAAAUUUAUAUAUCUAGUCCCACAUGACAUUUCCAAGCUGUCAUUCAGCAGCAACUGUACUGCUUCCAGGACUGGAGUUUCUGAGAACAAAUUGGUCCCCAAACUUUACACUGUGGCAAGUCAGAGGUAGGAAGCAGACAAUUAGUAAAAUCAAAAAUUGGUGCCUUGUGUUAGGACAAGCAAGAGAUGGUUGAAAACCGUAUCAGUACAAAUAAAACAGUAUGAACAGUUUUAUCCAAUUUUCAUUGUGUAUUGUGGAUCAUAUGAGAAUGGGGUGUAAUCGAGGGAUUUGUCCAGCACUGAGCUGUUUCCAUUUCUCUCCUGUUAUUGCUUUCAUUCUUUAGGCCACCUAGUAAAUUGUCACAGUUUGAAUAUUAUUUGGAAGGGUGCAGAAAUUUUGGUGGAUCAGUCACUUACUUUCAAUUCAUAAUAAAUUGUGAGAGGUUUUCCUUUUUCAUGUGAGGGUUUUCAUUUCUGAACUGUGAUACUGACAUUCAGUAAUGUCACAGAAGCUGUCUAGCAAAUAAAUCGUGUAAUAUUUGUAAGCGUAUUGCAGCGCUGUCCCCUGAUGGAAGGUGAGGAGUUUUAUAUCCUGGCAGGCUUGGCUUGACAGAAGUUAUAGUUUUCAUUUUCUUGAAUGCUUCCAUACCAAACACAAGAAAUAUUCAGUUGUUUUGUUGUUUGACAUGUUUGCAGAGUUCCAAAAAAGUAGCCUUUAAUGAAAUCACAGUAACUUUCUGGGGUCUUGCUGGAUUCCCUUAAAUUGUUUUGUUAAUGUGUUCUUUGUGUAACGUUGCAACGAAAAUUUCCCAAAAGUAGCAACAACCUCUAUUACUAGUUGCAUAUUUCACUGAAAAUUUUGGCAGGUGGGACAUUAAAUUCAAAAGUGAUAUAUGUGAUAGAGAAGCAAGACAGCAAAUUGGAAUUUGUUUCUGUAUAACUGUGUCCUGUGUUUGCAUUCAAGUAUUACUAUUUCAUUCAAUUAUACAUUAUUUGAUUGAAAGAUGAGAAGUUUGUCCCAGUGAAGGAGUGCUGUUAACGUGUAAUUCUAACUGCUGCGUUAAGUAUUUCUUUGACAUUAGAUGUGCUAGGGACCAAAGCUGCCACACUGUGGAAGUGACAUAAAAGCGCACAAGUAUGAACUUUUUUCAACCUGCCAUGGUUGUGUAGAUGCACAUCAAAGUUUUAGCAAGAUAAAAGUAAUACAUGAUUGAGAAAUUUGCUUAAGAACUGCCAGUUGAUUUCAAAGUUAAUUCUUAUAACUGCCUACUGAACAGCAAAUGCAUAUUUCCAUUAAUUAUGUUUAAUCUGUGAAAUCAAGUGGCAGCAUAACAUGCAAACACUGCAGCUCCUCCUAUCUAUAAAAUUUUACGAACAACUACUUUCCUUGUUGUUUUACAUGCAGUUUUAAUUUAUUUUAAAAUUUCAAAAAUGCUUUCUAUACCUGUUCUCUCUAAACAUUAUAUAUACCCCUAACAAACAAGUGUGUUCACUAUAGUUGAACUCAUCCUUAAUACUGAGCUGUGAAAAGGGACAUAAUGUAACUUGUAAUUUGUGCAUUCCUGCUAUUAGUAGUACACACUUUUUGAAGUUUUUUACAAAAUCAGACAUUAUAAAUCAUUGGAAACUGUCUGCUAACAAAGACUGGGUCAUAUUUUUGUAAAAAAAGGAAGUUGAACUUUGUAAAUGAACUAAACUGAAUAUAA